AUGUCUGCAAUCAAGUUUGUGCUGCAGCAGACACAGAAGAGUCUCAGAAGGAAUACCUCGGAAAAAAUGUCAACGGAGUUGUCGCCAGAUUCCAAAUGUCCGAUCUGUUUGGACAAAUUCAACAACAUUGCUUACUUGGACACCUGCUUGCACAAGUUUUGCUUCCGUUGCAUUCGUGAGUGGUCCAAAAACAAGGCAACGUGCCCUCUAUGCAAACGGCCAUUUAAUUCCAUCUAUCACACUAUAAAAUCAGAACAUGACUCUACUUACGCCGAUCUACGGCCGGUAGAUAAUGGCUCCUUUGGCACUUUUGGUGGCGUUCGGUUUAGGUACCGCACAACUCUUACUGGAGUACACAGAGCGUUUCAGAGGAGGACUUCCCCACUUCCAGACAAUGGUGUGAUGUUUGAAGCCUCAGUUAAUUCUCACCAACAAGCUCAGUACAGCUAUAUCAAGCAGAUGAUGAUGAGGUUGGCAGCCAGGAGGAGGGCUGCAAGGGAAGGCACAGCACUGCAUAAAGUCAGAGAACAAGAAAUGAUCAACUUCAGGAGGAAGUUGUACCGGAAAGGAUUGAAAGUUACAACUAUCUUGGAUGGUGGUUGCUCCAGAGACACCUCAGCAGACUUCUACUGAAGAAAUCCUGCCUGCUUGCAUAGACUGAUCCCCUGGUUAAAAACAGAGCUUGUUGUGCUGUAUGGUGCCCAUGGUUCUCUGGUCAACAUAGUUCAAAACAUCAUCAUGUCACGUAUUUCCCAGUGUGACAUGGAGGACGCACGUUUUCGAGACAAGCUGAGGCUGUUUCUUCAGGGUCACACAGAUCACUUUCUGCAUGAGUUCAUCAGCUUUGCCAAGUGUCCCUUCAAUGUGGAUGCAUAUGAUCAGAACACAGUAUACAACUGCCCCGGCCCUUUCACCAAUGAAGAUGGCAGCACCAACUCCAUCUCAGACGAUGAGCCAAACUCUGUGGACUUGGAACCACAUGAAGAUACCAGAUCUAAUUUGAGCUCCUCCUUGUGGGAUGAUGAAACACCUGGACCAUCAUAUUUUAUAGCAGCAGAGCAGAAUAGGGAGAAUCUGACUGUCCCCGACUCUGACAGCGAUACCAGUUUUGAGGAGGACACGGCAGAGUCUGUACCUUUGUCACAAAUUUCAAGGACUCGUAAUCACACAGAAGCAACUCAUAGUAACGUUAACAGUGACUACUGUUCUGACAGUGAUGACUGCAUUAUUGUCAGCUUUCUUAAACCCAGAGCAGAGCGCACUCCUGAACUGGUCCAACUUUCUUCUGACUCUGAUGAAUCUUCUGCUGAAGAUUCUACAGAAGUGCCUCCUGCUCCUCAACACAUUCGAUCCAUCAGUCCUAGUCCUCAAACUUCUCAGAGCAGUGACACAGCUGAUGGCUCAAGGUCACAGAACGCAGUGUUGGUGGAUAAUCAGCUGAAUGCAGAUGAAAGGUGGUCUUCUACAUGUAAAAAACACAAAACAUCUCAUAAAUCACAUAAUAACCACAGGGAGAAGCAUUGGUCUAACAAGAGAGAGAACAGGAGGAGGAGUAGGAGUAGGUCAAGAAGCAUUGGUGUAACAACAGAGAGAACAGGAGGAGGAGGAGUAGGAGUAGGUCAAGAAGCAGAGCGCAGGUGUCCAGUGACCUCUCCGGGCAAUGGCAGUCAUUUCCUCAUUGAUGGAGGUUGUUCUUAUUCCAUCACUCGAGAUGCCUCAUACUCAAAAUGUAGCAGCAGCUACAAUAAAAGGAGGGAUGCUGAUUUCAGCCAUUCUGGUUAUGAGUAUCACAGACUGUCACCUAGUUGUAGUGUGCAGUCAUACAGCUUUCACAGUCGAGACGGAGACGGAAACUGA